AUGUCAGAACCUCAUGAAUCCUUUGUUCCUGAAACUUCUUCCCACUAUACACUCUCUCUUGAUCUCCCAACUUCCAUCACUGUGUGCAUCAUUCUGAUGUUCUUAAUCAGCCUUCUUUGUCAGGGUCUCAGUAGGUUUUUCCAUUGGCGGUGGCCGGACACAAGACCCGCCAGCUACGAUCUCGAACAAGGAGACGGGAUUCGUCGGCCGGAUACUGUUUCGAAUACGUCUCAGCAAGCUGCAUUUUAUCAGGCUAUAAUCCAGAACAAUAUCCGGACGCUUGAAACAUUGGACAGCUUUAUGCGGGAUGUAGGGGAAAAGCGAGGGCAAAGGCUGAGGGCCUCAGAGAAACUGCCACCAUUGGUGCGCUAUGGAAGCCAUGAAAUGAUGUCGAGUUGUACAUGUAGUGAUUGUGCCAUAUGCUUGGAGGAUUUUGCAGAUGGCGAUAAAUGUCAAGUUUUUCCAACUUGCAAUCAUAUUUUUCAUUCGAAUUGCAUUGAUGUCUGGUUGAAGAAAAAGCUAACUUGUCCUAUUUGUCGUAAUAUAUUAGAUGUAUGA